AAAGUCUGAGUCAUUUUCAUAUGCAGGAGCAUUGUCAGCUAGUUUAUAUCUUCUCUCAUCCUGUACUUAGCUGGUUAUCGACCAGCGCCUGAAUACGGUUUCGUGAUAAAUCACAGGGCAAGCAUGGCAGCCUGCAUGUAAAGACAGAUUAAUCUACCAGGCCAGUCCCUCACGUGCUUCAAGGAGAGAUUCCUCUUUUGAAGUACGCUGAAUUUACCUGCUCGAGAGUCUGCACAGGCAAACUCACAGCCCUUAUGCUGCAGUUAAAUGAAUCGAGGAGGUGAAUUGUCGAAGUCCAUGUCCGACGGUCUUUCAACAACUGGACUCGCAUUUUAUGGGUCACGAGUGUUGAGGGCAAUGAGCGACCUAUUAAACCCCCUCAGACGGGCAGUUGUGAUCACCAUACCCUGGAUGCAUCUCUAGAGAGGGUCCAAGAAGUAGCUAUCGGUAUCGCUGAAGCUGCAUAUGAACCGACAGUACUGACAAGUGUUGAGUUCUCCUCCUGGCUGUACUUUGUCUGCGGGUAGUAAUUUGAGCUGAUUUGUGCACCGCAACCAUGGUGAUCUCUGGAGGGAGAACUUCGAUCAGUUUUGCCGCUGUAAUAUCAUGCCUCCUCGUGGCCCAAGCCAGUGGUCUGUAUGUCGGCUUUUACGCUGCUUCGUGUCCCAACGCAGAAUCCAUAAUACUUGAAACACUCAAGCCGUUUCUGGCCUCGGACCCGACUCUCGGAGGGCCCCUGUUGAGAAUUUCGUACCAUGACUGCUUCGUUCGUGGAUGUGAUGCAUCGCUCUUACUGGAUUCAGUGAACGGCAAUGUGGCGGAGAAGGAUGCACCGGGUCCGAACCUGAACUCCGUCAGGGGAUACGAGGUCUACGAUGGGAUCAAGGCUGCCCUUGAGAGCUCGUGUCCGGGAGUGGUCUCAUGCGCCGAUAUCGUCCAAAUUGUUUCUCGUGAUGUCACCGUUCUGGACGGAGGUCCUUACUGGGACGUCCAAACUGGUCGUCGAGAUGGACUGAUCUCCAUAGCAGCCGAAGCACAGGCUAAUCUUGUGGGUCCUGACUCAGACUACGACACUCAGAAGAAUGCUUUUGCAAAUAAGGGGCUCAGCGAGAAGGAUCUGGUCGUGCUUACAGGAGCACACACAAUUGGGCGAUCGCGUUGUGUAUCAAUCGAACAACGACUGUACAAUUUCAGCGGCGUUCAAGGUCAGACGGAUCCGUCUCUGGACGUAAGCUUCGCCAGAGAGUUGAAAGCGACGUGUCCCAGUGGCAGCUCCAACAGUCUCGAAAUGGACGGAACGCAGUUCAAGUUCGACACCAGGUACUUCAAGAGACUCCAGGUCCACAAGGGACUGUUCGGCUCCGAUGCGUCUCUCAUAACUCAACCCUUCCCGGCAUCUGUGGUCGAAGAAGAAACCCACAAGGACAGCUUCUACGCGGAUUUUCCAGAGUCCAUGCUCAGGCUGGCCGCCCUCGACGUCCUCACCGGAAGCGAUGGUGAAAUCCGAAAAAACUGCGCGUUCGUGAACUCUUAGAGCUACGACGAAGCCCAUGCUUCCGACGCGGGACUCUUCUGUACAGCUAAAACCGGAUUCUUUGUGUUCUGCUAUAAUCCUGAAUCGACUUAGUUUCAAAGUAUCCUCUAGAUGUACCCAAAUUCCUACAUCUGGAUUUAGCUCUAGAUUUUGCAGAGAGCUGUUUGUACUCUCUGUCUCCGAAUAGAUUCCAUGUUUCGACACACACAAGCCCCGAUCUCCACACAGAGCACAACUCCAUGCGCCGACUCGCUCUAAAUCCAGAGAAAUUGCGUGCUCUUGUUGAAACUGUUGAAUAAUUCAGAGCGACAUUGUAAGUUAUAUCGAUGCCGCAGACGUUCAAAUGAUUCAGUUCGCUUCGGCCCUCUAGAACUUGUUUUGGCUCGAAUUUGAGUUGCUACAGAGGCCUGCAGAAUUGGGUCCCUUAUGUGAAUAAAAUUACUCAGUAAUCGAGGCACAGUGAAGCUGUCUUCUGUAUCUCCCUGCUCGCUUCUCGCUGGCAUGUGAAGCGUUCCCCAUCAUUGUCAACCCAGCUUUCAGAGAC